UGCCUCAACACCCGUAAUGAGUCUAACACUAGAGCAUUUUAGUCACCCAAAACACUCAUUAGUACUUAAAGAUUUUGAUGUUAUUGCAGACGAUGCUAUCUGCCAUGUCUGCGACACAAGCGUUAUAGGCUCUCCAACAUAUACUUGUAGUCGUAGUAGUGAUGAUGCUGAGUGUCAAGGCUUCUACCUCCACAAGAGUUGUGCAGAAUUACCCACAACAAUUACUUUCUACAAGCACAACCAACACCCCCUUGUUCUGCUCAAACACCCUCAUCAAUUUUGUGAUUCUUGUGGUGAGGAUUUUAAGUUCUCUUAGGCAUGCGAUGAUUGUCGAUUUGAUGUGUGUCUGAUUUGUGCUUUUCAACAAAGACUGCUUCAUCACCAAGGUCACCCUGAGCACCCACUCACAUUGAUGCCCAGGAAAUCCUUGUUUAAAUGCGAUGCUUGUUAUGAAAAAGCGGAAGACUCUUCUUAUGUAUGCACCACCUGUGACUUGUGCAUCCACAAGGAAUGUGCCUUUUCUCCAUACACUAUCCCAACUCCUGCUUUUCACCAUCACCCUCUCCAUCUUAUCUACUCUAUUCCUCAAAUGCAUCGUUUUUUCGACCGCAACUGCAACAUCUGUCAGCGACGAGUUUAUAGAAACUUCUAGAUGUAUUAUUGUCAUAAAUGCACAUAUUUUGUGCAUAUGAGAUGUGCCACAUCCUCACCUACAUCGUCUUCUCUAAAUGAGAUUAAAGAAGAGGGCAGUCACAAUGAUGAAGCUGAUUUGAUAGAGCUUCCACUGCAUAGCGAGGAAUCGCUAUUUGAUCUGAUAAUAUCCCAAUGUCGCAAGCUCCAAUUUCAAUUUCAAGGUAAAAAUAAAAAUAGUACUGCUAUAUCACCAGCUCCUGAUCCUCCCAUAAUUAAUAAACACUGGAGUCAUAAGGAGCAUCCAUUAGUGCGGUUCCAGUACAGUACUAGUGAGAAUGAUAACACUGAAAAUAAUUAUGAUAGAAGAGAGUUGGUAUGCGAUGGUUGCAUUCAACCCAUAACUGUUUUCCAUCCGUCGUACUAUGCUUGCAAUCAAUGUGGUUUCUUUCUCCACUCCUUUUGUGCCACUCAGUUUCCAGGAGUAUUGGUAGCAGGAGCAUGUCCUCCUCAUCCCCAGCAUUCGCUUAAGCUUUACGGGAGAUCCAUCUUCUAUACUUCUACAUUGUGUGAGAUUUGCCGUUACAACACAAAUGGAUUCUACUAUCAUUGUAAGACCUGCAAUAUUAGAAUUGAUAUACGUUGUGCAUUCUUACCCACCAAGAUAAAGCAUAAAUCACACAACCACCAUUCCCUUGUUCUACGUCCAUCCUCCAAAUCGGUGUGUAGUGUAAGUGGUAAGGGGAUUAAAGGUGGUGUGGAGUAUGGAUGUGAAAUUUGCAGCAAGUUCCAGAUACGUAUAGUAUGUGCAUUCUAUCCGAGUAAGAUGAAACACAAAUAUGAUGAUCACCCCGUAACCUUGAGACAACCUCCAUUCUUCUAUGAGGGAGUAUUUUACUGUGAAAUAUGUGAGGGACAAGUUAACAAUCAGUGGUGGCUCUAUCAUUGUGGUGAAUGUGAUCAUUCUUUGCACACUUAUUGCCUCCAUUGGAUAGAAAGUCUCAAGUUUGGAAGGACGGUUGAACUUGAUAUCAACGAUCAAUCACACACACUUACCUUGGUGUUGAAGAACCAUACAAUAGAUACUCAGCCUAUGAGCAAGUGUGGAUAUUGUGGGAAAGACUACAUCUGUGAUGUCUUCUUAGAAUGUGAUGGGUGUGGAUAUCUUAUCUGCUGUCCCUGUGUUAUUAAAAUCAAGGCGAGUAACAAGUCUAUACACUUUUGA